AACCAUCGUCAAAGCUUCUAAAACUUGCCCGUACCCACUUCUGCCACUCCUCCCACUCCCACUCCUCCUCGUCCCACUUCUCCUGCUCUCUUCUAUCUUUCUGUUACUAUCCCACAAAAUCUUAAAUAUUUCUACUUUCUCUCGCUCCUAGAUUUCCUAGGUACAUAACCCCGUCAAACCUCGGGCUGGUCACAUAUCUAUGUACACGCCUUCGAAUUUUAGGUCGCGGACUCGAUGCUGACCUAGAAGCAAAGAGCAAAAACAUUUCCCAUCUGUCUUAUCGCGAUCGGGUUCAUACGUACGAACUCGUUAUUGCACAUUGCGGAUGUACCACUUUCCGUAGAGAAACCACCAGUUUUACCUUGAUGCGAAUAACAUUAGUUAUCAUCAAUCGAGCUCACCGCUAGGUGCCUUUGCCAUGGCCGGUGCAACGAACACCAGAUCCAAAUCAAGCACCAACGGUUCCUUGAAGGGAUCCAAAGGUGUGAAAAGUGUGAACGGGAUCAACGGGAUCAACGGAAUUAAUGCGGUUAACGGAAUAAAUGGGCAUACCGCAACUCCCAGGCGGAGUGAUACCGAAAAGAAGAAGCAGAGCUUCAUUGCGUGGAGUUUUAACAUCGUCGCAAGACUGUUAACGUGGUAUUCUAUCUAUACUCUCCUUUUCCGAUGCCCAUCUACUAUCGAUGCUUGUGACGACACAACGCCCAAAAUAUGCAAACCAUACUUCCAGAUCAAAUCGGCCGUAACGCCACAUAUAACGCCUUAUUACGACACCUAUGCUGCACCUUACGUCGAUGUUGCGAAGCCGUAUUACGAUACAGUCGAUCGUGUUGUCAUUACUCCUGCCCGUACAUACGCAGUGAGAUAUGGUGGUCCACGUGUUUCCCAGGCCCGCGCUUUCGGUCAGGCCAAGUGGGAGGAAAACGUCCAGCCUAAGCUAAGCGAAUAUCAAGCCAUAACAAAGGCACAAUAUGAUCAGACAAUAGCUCCCCAUGUCGAAAGUCUUUCUGCUGUAGUCUCGCCUUAUUACGAUCUUGCGCGGGUCAAUGCCUUACAGACAUAUCAUGAGUUUAUAUUCCCAGCCUAUGUAUUUGUAAAGCCGUAUGUUGUGCAAGGUUACAAUACUGCCUAUUCAUUUACAACCGAAACCGCCGUUCCUUCGACUAUUUGGGCUUGGAAUAAAACUUACACUUUUCUCGACGCUACUAUUUGGCCUCAUUUACGAGAUGUUUACGUUAUGAAGGUUGAACCGCAGCUUGUACGGAUUGGCGAACGUCUGGGAAGAUAUAACGAUAGGAAGGUUAAGCAUCCUGCUGAGGAGGUCGUCUAUUCUAUGUCCUCCAAGUCUAGUUUCACGAAGCCGGUCGCAUCCUCUAUCUCUUCGUCCGUUGCUUCGGAUAUCAAGAGCACAGCCCAAGCCGAAACCCCGGGUAAAGCAAAGCCCUUCGAAGCCGAAGAGGCAGCAUCGGAAAUCAGCAUUGAGCAGAAGACAUCGCGCACUCCGGAAGAAAUCCGUGAACUAGCUGCGAAAAUCGCUGCCGAGGAUCUCCAAUUAUGGGAAGAGAAGUUUACUACAACUGCACAAGAAGGGGCCGCCGAAAUUGAGGACCGUGUGGAUGAGAUCUCGGCCCGCAUGAUCGAGAGAAAUGCCAACAGUAUGGGUAGGUCUCUGGUAAAGCAACUUGAGGAGACUGCCAAUACCGAGCUGCAGAAUCUCAAGAAGUCCAUCGUAUCUAUCUUGGGAAAACAUGGCAAUGAUAGCAAAAAGAGGGACGAGGCUCUUGCUGCUGCAGUCCGGGCGGCUGGUCUAAAGAUCAAGAAUAAAGCCCAGGAUAUUCGUACCUGGCGUCAAACGUACGAUCAAGAGACAGAAAUCGCAGUUACUAAAGCCGCCCAAGAGCACUACGAAAUCCUCCAGAAAACUGCCGAUCUUGCACUCCAGAAGAUUGGUAUGAAGUGGGCAUGGAUGGAUGGUAUCACAUACAAGGAUUGGAAGAAAUACCACGAGCUGAAGGAACGCUUCGAGGAGUGGACUGACGACUUCAAGCGCUUGAUUACAACACAUCCCGGUCUUAUGAUAGUGCAGUCGACAGGUGCCGAAAUUGAGGACGAGGGUAUGAGCAUCGCACAAGCUGCUGCCGAGGAGCUGAGUCGAUUGAGGCAGGUUGCUACGUGGAAGGCGAUAGCUGGCGAUGCCAGCGAUAAUUUUGAUAGCGAGACAGCCGAGUUAGCAGCGAUAUCAGUUGCCCAAAAAGCUUCACAGAGUGAAACCCCGGCAGUUGUACCUGCUGAUGAAAAAAUCGAAACUGAACAAACGGACCCUGUCAGUGCCGAAACAGUCGUCAUAUCACUUUCUCGGCCCGAUGCAGAAGCUUCUGAUACUUCUGCCCUUCCUCCAAUGGAGAGCCUCGCUUCUGAACCGAUUGACGGGCCGGAGCAAGUUCAGGAGACGCUCGUUGAACUCCCCGAUGAAGCAGCUGAGCCUGUCGAAUCCGCCGCCUCUACUACCAUUAAACCUGCCCUCUUCGGUGCCGCGGCUCAGUCUGUACCUUCGCGACAGCCUAUUCUAGACGAUGAUAUUGUUUCGUCUGCGUCCAGCGCCGCAUCUGUCAUACAGUCUGACAUUCCCGCUAGCAUAACAUCGGCUGCGCAAUCUGCAUAUACUGCCGCCGUUGCGGGAGCUGCCGAUCACUACUCACGUGCUAUGUCAGCCGUCUCCGCGCAGAUUCGUGGGGAACCAAAGCCUAUCCACCAGGCUAUGUUUAGCUCGGUUUCAAGCGCAUACCUUGGUGCUAUAGCUUCGGCCAAUUCGAGGCUCGAUGCUGCGAUGACGGCCGCAUCAGAAGGUAUUUAUGGUACUCCCACCACAAAAUGGAUUCCUGGCAUGCCAACUGUACCAUCCGUUGAUUGGGAAAGAGUCCAGUCCAUUGCGCAACAGAAUCUUGACGAUUCGUUGAACUGGGCUUCGGAGCAGUAUGAAUCUGCAAAGGUAGCCAUCGGCGCUGUUGAACCAACACCUAGUACCUCCCUCGAGGAGGCAAAGCGGAAAGCCGGAAAACUUGUUGAUCAGGCUAAAUAUAAUUAUUAUGCAGGCGUAGGUCUAGCGCACGCCCGGUAUUCCGAAUUUGUUUCCGCUGUGUCGACAGCUGUGAGCUCCUUGACGGCUACACCUACCCCGACCAAUAUCCAAGAGUCUGCCUCAUCCGUCGCAUCAGUAGUCGGCGAGUCGGCUGCUUUGGCCGCCUCAGUUGCAAGUGAGAAUGCAGGGUCCCUAGCAUCGUCUGUCGGCGACUUGGCCUCUGAUGCGAGCGACUAUAUAGGGGAAAACUGGGAUGGGCUUGUCAGUCGUGUCAGCUCCCAGGUCUACGGUGCUCCUACGCCUACUCCAUGGUACGGAAAUAUACAAGCUGCCGCUGGUGAUUUUACCUCCGCUGCUGGCGACUACGCAGCAUCAGCCACAGACGCGGCCGCACAGCAAGUCUCAACUGUCACCGUAUUAGCAGGGGAUUAUGCCUCUUUGGCUAGUGCGGCUGCAGCAUCGCAGUAUUCUGUUGUCAGUUCUCUUGUAUCCGAACUCAUUGUCGGCAAGGAGCCACCUUUCACCGAGUCGGUAUAUUCGCGCCUUAUCGGAGCAUAUUCAACUGGUGUUGCUUCUGUGUCGAGUCUUGCUAGUGUCGCAUCUGCGACUGCAGCUAGCGCCGCCAGCGAAGCUAGUGGCUCUGCCAAGUCUGUUGCUGAUGCUGCCGCUGGAAAAAUUGGUGAUACAGUUCAACGUAUAAAAGACGAGCUAUAGACACAUGCAUCAAUUUUGAACCUUGUCGUGGCUUUUAGUUAUCCACCCACCGUCUUGCCCGUCCGAAGAAAAAAGAACAAAGCUAUAGUGGAUAGACUAAUACCGAUUGAUGAUAUACGCAAAUACAAACCACUUGGUAAUUCAGCUAUUGUGGUUCUUUGGUUGAUUUAUUUUUCUUCCGUUCGUUUGGAACGUGGUAUAUACCCAGAACGUUGGACGUGUUGACAUUUUUCUUCCCAUCUAUAUCCUAUUUCCAAAUUUCGAUUACACACUAGUUGAGAAAAUUGAGGUUUCCUACGCCAGUCAUUUGUGAUCGGGAGCAAACGCGAAGAGCUGGACAAGCCUGGACAAGUUUGCAAAAGGGAGAAAGAGGGGGUCUAUCUGGCUAACGAUUUUGCGGAGUUAAUUUACGAGGGAAACCCUAAAGGCUAGGGUUGAUGAUUGGAAUGAACUUAUUAGCAAAAAAAGAAAAAGAAAAAAACGGUACCGGGGAACCCUUGGGAAC